UUACUUUUUGAAACUGUGACUAUUUUUUAAUUACCACUUGUAAAUCUGGCUAUUUUGAAUUUCGUACAAAAUUCUCUGCCAGCAUCCGACCAAGCAUAAAUAUGAGCUAGCUCACACUCAACUCAUUAAGGUUCUUCAGAAUUUCGCUUUUGGAACCAAACAAAAACAUGAUGAAGAACACCAACAUAAAGCCCCUAAGGAGAUCAGGGACAUCUCUAGUAGCAAUGAAAAGAUUCAAUAAUACCUCUUCGUUCUCGUUGACACAAGCUCCACUCUCAGCUGCCUCUGCUCAUUCCUCGGCUGCAAAGACCAAGGGUGGUAACCAGCCAUCUCCCACUCCAACCUACAUAGAGUUCCCAACAUCGCCCCAGCCACCUGAUGAUCACGACGGGGUUCAUGCUCAUCACAAUGGAACCAUUGUUCAUCAUACUCACUCAAAGCACCCACUUGCUGAGAUUACUCUCUCGGAACUAUUUACUUGCUCCGGUUGCAAGGAGUUUGGCGCUGGCCGUAGGUAUGCAUGCCAAGAUUGUGAUUUUCAGCUUCAUCACUUUUGUGCCUUAUCUCCACCCUCUCUUAAGGCUCAUCCUUUCCAUGGCCAACACCAACUCGUCUUCCAUGCUAAACCUAAACAAGUUAAAGCUGGAAUAACGUGGCCAAGGUGUGAUGUCUGCGGCAAAUCCACCAAAGGAUUCACAUUCAGAUGCAGAAUCAACUCCUGCAAUUUCCAAAUGCAUCCCUGUUGUGCCAUGCUUUCCACCGAGGUUAAACUUCCCAUUCACCCACACCCACUUAAAGUCGUACCACCAGGAAAUGCUUUAUCAGGUGGGGCUGGAGGUGGUAAUGUUCAAUCAGGAAUGGUGUGCGGUGCGUGCAAGAAGAAAAGAUCAUCAGGUCGAGUGUAUAGCUGCACAGUUUGUGACUACCAUCUUCAUGCAUUGUGUGCUAAAUCCAUGAUCAACGGCCUCCAAGAAUAUGGAAUCAAGCCUCCUGAAAAGCCCAAUGUGCUUGGGACUGCUGCUCGUCUUGCUUCUCAGGUUGUUAUUGAAUUUAUUGGAGGUCUUAUUGAAGGAUUAGGAGAAGGGGUCGGAGAAGCUCUGGUUCAGAACAUCGGGAGAGGAAGGAGAAGCACUAGCAGAAGAAGGAUUGCAUGAAGGAUCGCGUAGGGAGCCCCCUUAUCUCCCAACUAAUAUUUCCAAACCCCUUUCUCCCUUUUCCCUUUCCCAUUUUCUUUCAGACUCUCAAGAAAGUGGGAAAAAUGCAAAUUAAAAAUUCCUUAAUAUUCUUCUUAAAGGACUUGAAAAAAUAAUUCAUUAAAUUGUUUAGUAAGUUAGCUUAUUGUAACUUUCAAGUGAUACAUAAUGAGCAAAUUUCUACAUAUUACAAAAAGGAUGCGUGCCACAUAACAUGUAAAAGAAGUAUAUUUUCUUCCCUAUCAUUUACAUCGCAUCAUAAAUACAAGCUAUAUGGUUAAUUCCA